CUCACGAACCGUGAGAUCUUGACCUGAGCUGAAGUCAACGCUUAACCGUCUGAGCCACCAGGUGCCCCGAAGCUGCUUCCUUCUUAUCUGUGGGAGAGGCUCAGGACCCCUGCCCUACACAGGGGCUCCGAAGGCAGAGGCGGUGAGCUGGCCCGCCUGGCCAGAGCCUGGUCAGAUCGCGACUCUGCCUGCCGGUGGCCCCAGGCAAGGCCUUGCACCCCACAGAGCCUUGUCUUUGUCCUGUGGAACGGGGACAGUUCAGGAGCUCCCUCCUGUGUCACUGGGAGGACACGUGGCGGGGACCGCACCAGUGGUUGGGCCUCGCGCGGAGUCUGCUGACCUCGCGCCUGCCCCGUGUCCUUCCCCCUCCCCGCUUUCUCUAGCAGCCUUACCGCUUUGCAGCUCACCUGUUUAAAGCGUCCGGCUCUGGGGUUUUCAGUACCUCCGCAGGGGUGCCAAACUCUCCUCGCUGUCUUCUUACAGAAAUCUCCAUGCCCCCCACAGAGGAAGCCUCGUCCCCAUCACCAGUCACUCCUCCGUCCCCUCCCUGGCUCCCGCGAGCCCCCUUCCCGUCCGUGGACGAGCCCGUUCCGGACGUUUCACACACAGCUGGCGCCCCCGCCGGCGGCGUCUCCCUGACAGCCCCCUGUUGCCUGUGUUACUCAGCGGCUGUGCUCCUGGAGGACAGUCGGAGCCCCGCCCAGGAUGGACCCCGCCCCGGGCCUCGCGGAGCAGCGUGGGGACGAGGAGGCCGCGAGCCCCCAGCCAGCGCCUGCGCCGUGGCAAGCCCUCCCGGUCCUGUCCGAGCAGCAGUCCCAGGACGUGGAGCUGGUGCUGGCCUACGCCGCGCCCGUCCUCGACAAGCGUCAGACCUCGCGCCUCCUCAAGGAGGUGUCGGCCGUGCACCCGCUGCCCGCCCAGCCUCACCUCAAGAGGGUGCGGCCCAGCCGCGAUGCCAGCCGCCCGCACGCACUGGAGAUACUGCUGUGCCUGGCGGGGCCGGCCCCGGGUGCACGAUCGCUGGCCGAGCUCCUCCCGCGGCCGGCCGUGGACCCUCGCGGCCUGGGGCAGCCCUUCCUGGUGCCCGUGCCCGCCCGGCCGCCCCUGACCAGAGGCCAGUUCGAGGAGGCGCGCGCCCACUGGCCCACGUCCUUCCACGAGGACAGGCACGUGGCCCGUGCCCUGGCCGGACGGCUCUUCUCGGUGCAGGAGCAGGCGGCGAUGCAGGGCCACAUGGAGCGGGCCGUGUGGGCGGCGCAGCAGGCGGCCGCCAGGGGCCUGAGGGCCGUGGGGGCGGUGGUGGUGGACCCGUCCUCGGGCCGCGUGCUGGCCACGGGCCAUGACUGCAGCAGCGCAGCCAGCCCCCUGCUGCAUGCCACCAUGGUGUGCAUCGACCUGGUAGCCCGGGGCCAGGGGCGCGGCGCCUACGACCUCCGCCCCUACCCUGCCUGCUCCUUCGCCCCGGCCGUCGUCGUCCCCCAGGGCGUCCGCGCGGGCUCUGUGCGCAAGCUGGAGGAGGACGGGGACGCGCACGGGGACAGCCUGCCCUACGUGUGCACCGGCUACGAUCUCUACGUCACCCGCGAGCCCUGUGCCAUGUGCGCCAUGGCCCUGGUACACUCCCGCGUGCAGCGCGUCUUCUACGGGGCGCCGUCGCCCGACGGUGCGCUGGGCACCCGCUUCCGCAUCCACGCCCGGCCGGACCUCAACCACCGCUUCCAGGUGUUCCGUGGUGUUCUGGAAGCCCAGUGCCGCCGGCUCCACCCCUUCGUGUAGGCGGCCGCGCCCGCCGGACCCCGGG